CGUGUUCGUGAUUCGCGGAUCCUCUCCGCUCAAUUCAUUCAUUUUCAUUGUGCCACUUGCUGACGGAAAACUUCGGUUAGACAUGCGAGUCAGAAUUUUUUGAAUAGAGAAAAUCGAACACGUGUAAUAAUUUUGGCGUAUUUUCUUUCAAUCACAGACUCGACAAACGACGAGUAUUAUAUCCAUUAUUAUUUCACCGUAAACCCGAGACAAGAAACUCAAUUCAAUAGUCAUAUACUUGUGCGAUAUGUAGUGUAUUCAUCACUUAGAUUAUUAGUUGCUGCUUUCGUUGCUCCCGCGCGAGCGGCCAACGAGCUGAAAGCUUUGUGGAUUUUAUUACCUAUUGCAUAUUGGUAUCCCCCUUAUCAUGGUCAAUCGCUAUAAGUUUUUUAGCUCGUUCAUUUGAUUUGAUAGCCCCGUGGUCAACAGUUGAUGCUUCCUAGACUCUCAGAUUUUUCUCUGCGGUAUAAGCUGCGGUAUAACUUUUGGUCAAACAUAACCUCUGACUCGCCGCAUUAACCGCGAAAUCCAAUUACAAAAAUCCAUUUAUCUAUGUGAGGGAUGUCAGUUUUUAGGAUUCUGAGAUCACUGCGAUACGCGAGUAUUCAUCGCGAUGCUCCGGCAUACCGUGGUCGUUUUCAAACGGAGAUGUGUUUAGCAAAGUUUCGUCGGAAAGAAAUUCGGAAUUAUGCGUCUAAUCCUAGUCCAACAAGUAGCCAGGUAAGCAUGUGGCAUUCGUUUGUCAAACGGCGGAAAUGGAUUAUCCCAGUUGGAGUUGGAAUAUCGUUGCUAGCAGUUCUGCAAUGGAAACUAUUUUCAAGGCAUUCUCAUGCUGAAAAAGAUCGCGGCACGCCUGGACCAAUUAAUGGAAUUGUGGUAAAAUGUUAUUGUUGCCUACCAUUGAGGAUAACAAGUAGAUUGUGGGGCUGGCUUGCUAGCAUAGAGGUACCACUAAUUUUCAGGCCAACUUUCUACGGCUUGUAUGCAAAGGCAUUCCGUGCUAAUCUUGAAGAAAUCGAUUUGGAUCUUACCACGUUUCCUAAUUUAGUCGAAUUUUUCGUCAGACCUCUUAAAGAUGGUGUACGGCCUAUCGCUCAAAAUGUUGAUAUAGUAUCACCCGCGGACGGCAAGGUACUGCACUACGGACCUGUGACUUCUUGCCGAGUGGAACAAGUCAAGGGAGUGACUUAUAGCCUUGAUCAUUUUCUUGGAGAUCCAGACUGGCCGCGAACCAACCCUAGCCUAGAAAAUAUUGAAGAUAAGGACUGCAAGUAUCUCAGAUCGCUACUGAAAAAUCCCGAGAAUCAUCUGUACCAGUUGAUUAUAUACCUGGCGCCUGGAGAUUACCAUCGAUUUCACAGUCCAACUGAUUGGCAGAUACGAUUUCGCAGACAUUUCCAAGGCAAAUUAUUGAGUGUCAAUCCACUGAUUGCUGGUUGGCUGCCAGACCUUUUUACCCUAAAUGAACGUGUUGUAUAUAUCGGCGAAUGGGCUGGUGGCUUUAUGUCCUAUGCAGCAGUUGGAGCUACUAAUGUUGGCUCCAUAAAAGUUUACUGUGAUCUAGCUUUAGCUACAAAUGCAAAAAAAUGGCCAAAAGAAAAACGAUAUGACGAUGCCAGUCUGGGCUGCACCAACAUCUCUAAGGGUCAGAUGUUCGGUGAAUUCAGAAUGGGAUCCACGAUAGUAUUAUUAUUCGAAGCGCCGCCAGAUUUUCAUUUUUCGUUACAGUGUGGACAGACCAUAAAAGUAGGUCAGCCAUUAAGGAGAAUUAAUCGAACGCCUGACAAAUGACUGCCUUCUUCUAUGUAACGAAAUGAAAUAUUACAUAAUUAUGCACGUAGGACAAUCCAAUACAUAAAAUUCAGGUCAAGUUCAGUAUUGAUUUUUGUCCGUGUUUGCAAUGCUAUGCAGUUGAAACUUUUAAAGAAUUUUUAUCAUGAUCUAUGUAAUUACUAAUUACUUUUCACACUGUACUGUAAUAUUUCAGUAUAACUGUAUAUAUGAUAAUAUGAUAAUGAUAAUUCGUACAUUUCUCAUGUAAAAAUAAAAAAAUAACAAUUUUUAAAGAUAAA